AUGUUCAGCCGCCGCUUCGAGCCCCCCACGAGUUCCAAGCAGAGUUUCUCAAAGGGCCACAAGGUCACCAAGUCUAGCACAUCAUUUAGCAAGACAAGUGGAGUAACAAAGAAUCGACACGAGUCGCGUCGGCGCCCCACGACUGCAUCAACAUCACAAACGCACGAUGUGAGCAUGUCGCCAACUGGCUCUCUGACCCCAUCGAUCAUCACUCUCAUCGUUGGAAAAGAGCAGAGGAUAUUCGCCGCACACCAAGACGUUCUCAACGCCUCCCCUUGGUUUCAGCGUGCCUUAUCCGACCAGUUCAUGGAUCCGCAGAGCAGCAAGCGGAUCUACCUUCCGGACGACGAGCCAGAGAUCUUUUCAUCCGUUCUCGAGUACCUCUACAAGGGCGACUAUUAUCCGAAACUUGUUCACAACAAGAAGCGGAAUUCGUGGGAGAUCGAACAGCCUGAUGACGAGAGCCGCAGCGCAACUGAAAGCACCAUCUACCAUCACGCAGUCGACGGUGACAUCCUGAAAGAUACUGUCAUCUAUUGUGCCGCUGAGCGAUACGGGCUUGAGGAGUUGAAGAAAGUGUCGCUGCGUAAACAAGGACUUCAAUCCGGCAUUCAGUGCAGCACCAUCUUGGCUUCUGCUCGCUAUGCUUAUGCCAACACCCCGGACACCGACUCGAAACUGCGCGCCCACUAUCUCGCUUUGAUCAUCCGAAGCAGGUCGACCUUCAAGCGAAGUGGCACAAUGCAGCUCGAGAUGUACAACGGCGGCACCCAACUUUUCUUUGACGUUUUUGUAGCCAUGUGCAACCAUCUGGACGAUGUCAGCGCACAGUAA